GUCGUACCUCUAAACUUCACCGUCUUCUUUGCUUACUCGCCAACCCAAUGUAUCAGUAGUUUAGAAUCACCAUUUAUCUUUUAUCCUCUUUCUGGACACUUCAUCAGCCGCACGUGGCUGUUUUCUCCCUCGAAAAGUUCCGUUUUGUGCACUCUAAGUACGACUACAGGACGCCAUCGUCAAUUUCCAAUAUGGCCGGGAUGAAACCAAGAGCUGGAAGCUACCUCGAAUUAGAAAUCCCACGAAGAAAAAACUCGUUGGAUGUAGCUCCUAAUGCUGUACUCUCUCCAGUAACAGAGUUAACAUUGAAUUUUGAGAACAGGUAAACCCAUAGUUUCUGUGAAUGUUUGAGCGCGAUGCUAGCUUUAGUUUAAGUUUCACAGCAUUGACGUGCGUUUCGAACGGCCGUGAUUUGGUAUAACAUGUUGCAUUUUAUGAUUUAACGAUCAAAGUUAUUUCUCUGUGUUUCUGCAGCUUAGGAAGGACUCCUAAAAGAAAGCUUUCUUUGUCCUUAAAUGAUCCUUCGACGCCAACCACGGGUUUUCAGAGGUCGCUUUCGACAGUUUCCAACGAGUCAGGUACUACAAAGAAUUUUGCUAAACAAUUAAGCUUGCACUUUCUGAUUACUUGCAAAAUUAAGAAUCAUUAUGACAGUCAUCACUAUACUCUUUCCUUUAGGUUACUGUCCCGAUUCUCCGCUAGGAUUUUUUUGUGACUCACCUUCGACGGAAAUGUUAAAGUAAGCAUAAUUUUUGGUGUAAUUUUUGAAUCAGUUCAUGCAACAACUAAGCUUGUGAACAAAGCUUCCUGUGGAAAUGUAAUUAACCUUUUCAUAUUAUUGGUUCCAUCGCUUAAACAUGAACUACCGUCUGGAAGAUAAAGACGAUGAAGGAGUUUUACAGAAGAGAAAAGAAUGCGGGAACUUAUCGAUCGAUUCCUGUAGAAUUGAAUCAAAACUUUAAUAAGUCAAAUACAAUUUUGCAAAGCAACUAUAACAGUGGUGUUUGAUGGUAUUUUUUUAGGUUUUAGGUUUUGGUAUUUCUGACAUCUUCAAAACCUGUUAACCUAAAACGUGAUGUGCAUUUACCUUGCCCUUCAGACUUUACUCGUUGAUUUUGACCAGUAAAAACUCAAGUGCCUUUUAUUUCUUCCGCCAUUGAAGUCUCGCAAAGUGCUUCAUCGGCUUUCGUGUGAUUUAGCACGUUCGCUUUUCAUAUCUAUGUUCCUCCUCGGCUUCGGAAAAUUUUGAUAGGUUUACAGUUUGAUACUUAUUUUUUGCUUUCUAUUCCAAGGGCAAACGCCGAAAAGAAAAAGCAAAGGUGUGAUGUUUGUUUUGUUUUUAUCUAAAGCCCAGUGGAUAAUUUGCAAGAUUUCCUUUCGAAUCUUGUUGGAAACACCGGGUUUUGUUGAAGUAACAUUAAGAAUCCGUCUUGUAGACUAAGUUUUAAGCCUUAACAUAGGUUGCACGUGUUUCCUUCAUUCUGUAAUGUCAGAUCAUUUAAAGUCAUGAAUUUCGACGCAGCUGUUCCGUCGGCACACGUGUACUGUUAUUGUUAGGGAAAUUUGGUAAAUUAAAAAAAGCUGAAUACAUUUGGGCUACGAUCAAUCUGUGGUUACAUCAAGGGCAUAUUUUGUGGUCAAGUCCAAGGACAGAGGGAGGGAAAUUCAAAUUUGAUACAUGUGUGUGUCUGUUCCUUUUUUCGUCAGCUGACUAUUUUCACUUUGAAAUCUAAAAUUUCUUGGCUCUGCCUUUUAUGCAAAAUGUCGAAUAGCUUGCAAGUUACUUCAUAUCAGUUUUAGGGCAUUCAACUAAAUAAGCAGUAGUCUCCAUUUGGCUUGAAAACUUGCUUAGAACAGUUUUUUCUGAGAGCAAGGCUCAAGGAAAACCGUGAGAUAUGAAGAACUGCUAAUGUCCAAGGAUAAUUAUUUAUGAGCAUAGUUCUGCACCAAAUGUAGACUGCUGUGUUUACUAUCCUUAACACAUUUUGCAACAUGCAGGAAGAAAAAUGUCUACAAACAGCUUACCAUUGGCUGGGUGGGAUUUUACUUUUCUGAGUCUUUUGGUACUAAUUUUUGAAUGAACAAACAAAUUUGUCCCCUCUUCUAUAACAACUACAAAAUUCUCUCUUGUCUUGAGACUUAUCAUGCAGGUGGUAAGGUUUGAAAAUAGAGGAAUAUCACUUGGGUAUAUCCCUGGAUAUUCCCCAGUUUUAGCUAGGGUAUAUUUGGUCAUGUGACUCACUUAAACCAAUGGCAUGCAAGCAAAAAUAGCUUGAAGUUGGUUUAAUUGGGAACCUGUAUAAACAAUGUAAACAUGUCUAUAUAUCAUUAUAAAAUAAACAAACAAUUCCACAAUACAAAUUACAGUACAAAAAUUAUGGAAAAUGUCUUGUGCUAGCUAUGUUGAGUUACAUUUCUAAGCUAUACUACAUUAAAAAAUAAAUAAAUAAAGUUUAAGUAUCUUCUUGAAUUUAGAGAGUGUACUUUCUGAUCUCACAUGUAGAGUGAGAUGAAUAUUUCAGUUGACUGAAGGGCAAAUAGUCAUUCUCCCUACCAGCAAGUUUUUUCCUUAGAUUAAAGAAGCUUCUCUGGAAAAGAACUCUAUGUAAGAUUUCAAAUAAAGCCACUGAAGCUGUGAAUUUUUGUUGAAAAAUGUUUCAAUUGUUUCUCCAGGAGACCUUCAUUCAAGAGGUGGAACUCAUUGCCAGUAAGUAAAUUUCAAUAGCUAAAUGUCAGUAACAAACAGAUGCUCAAGUGCUAAAAGGAUUCAAAUAUUGUACUGAGCAAAAACACACCUUGCCAAUGAUUGUGGUCCACUUUGUAAUCAUUUCUUUUUAAGCCAAGACUUCCUUCUUAUUUACUGCUGUUUUCUAUGUGAUACUUUAAAUAAUUCACCUUCUGCCAAUUAGGUCAAAACCGAAGAGGAUCCUUAUGCUGAAAACAAAGAGAACAUCGAAUUAAACUUUAAUGCAGUCCAAGAUGCUGAUAAAAAGUCUGCAGGAAAUGUUUUCACCCUGGAAAACAGAGACUUCAAGUUUGCCCGACCAAAGGGUCCAGUUGGUGGAAGGAAAUUAUCAGCUAAUAAUUUACCUGGAAGAUCUCUUUCUGAACCAUCACCUAGGGUAAAAUCUUUACAUUUUGUCUUGUUUUUGGUGGAGACAACUUGUUAAACUAUGGUAACCUUUUACUUAAUUUAACUACCCGGUUUAAGCACAACAGAACAUUGCCUCCUUUUAGUGUGUCCUGAAACAUUUACACUUGCAUUCCAUCAUUCCCAUUUGUAUCAUGUUUGAUCGGAAAGGGAUUUCUUUUUUUUGUGUAUUAUAAUUUGGAUUUUCAACAAACUAUGUGACUGAUACUAGUCUCAUUGAUUUAGAAGCAAAGGAAACAUUGAAAGUGUACUUUAAAAAAGACCUAAUUGACUUUUUUUAAAGUUUUAGAUUCUCCUUUCAAUUUGUCUUGUAUUUUCAUCUAGAACAGGGGGAGAAGGUGUUGCAUCCAAGGUCAUCUAGAGUUUUAUAUUCUAAGCACCUCUUCUAAUAAGCUUUCAAAAUUAAAUGAAAAGUGGAACUAGUUGUAUUUUUGUACGCUGGAACAUAUUCACUUAAAAAAUUGAAUUUCUAAUGCUUGAUCAGAAUGCAAAUGUAAGUCUUUCUGGUUUCUCCUGUUUAUUAUUAAGUGGAGAUUGUGCAUAUCAGUUACUUAAUGGAGACUGGGUUUGAAGUCUAAAAUUUCAGCCUUGCUAUUUAGGCUGAAAUUUUAGACUUUUUAGCAAACUUCAUACAGACUUGAUCAUCUGCUAAAUUCAUUUUAAUAACUGAACAAAUUUUGCCUCCUACUCAUCUGGAAAAUUUCAGCUUCAUUGCUGUUCAUAUGCUUGUUAGUAACUUGUGUCAAAAAUGUUUUUAUCUGAUAUUUUGCUUUUAGGUGCAGUCACAGGAAUUGCAUGUCCCACCUCCUCCAUCAGAGUGUGAUGGUCAAGAUGGUGGAGGAGACUUUGAUUUCAAAUUAGAUGGUGAUGAUGAUGGAUUUAUUGAUGACUUUGUCCAGGAACAGUCUAAAGAGGUACAUAAUAAUGAGGAUAAUUUAGCAGUGGAUUUUCCACAUGGUGGCUCUUCCUGUCCACUGCAUCAAAAUUGGAAUUUGGAAUGUUAGUUUUUGCAAAGGGAGGAAAAUCAGAGGAUGUGGAGAAAAACCCGAGGAUGUGGAGAAAAACCCUCAGAGCCAGGACAAGAACCAACAACAAGAUGCCAGGUCCUGCAAUCUAACCCAGGCCACAGCAGUGGGAGUCGAGCACUCUUAUCAUGAGAGGCCUUGAUAAUUUCUCCAAUGACCUCAUAUGUCUUUAAACUUAACCUGAGCUACUACUGUCAAAGUUUGCUAAGAUUGAGAUUUAAGGAGCAAGUUUUGAGGGGCUUGCAAUGUACUUUCUAACCAUACUGUGGAAUUAUGUUGUGGUUGAAAGUAAAUUUAAUGAUAAUGGUUUCAACCUUGCUUGAUUUGUGGUUUACUAUGGUCCAGGGCCCAGUUGUUCAAAGGAUGGAUGAUGUUAUCCAAUGAAUAGAUCACUAUCCAGUGGAUAACUGUGAACAAAAUGUAAUGCACUAUCCACUGGAUAGCAAUUUAUCCAGUGAAUAGUGUUAUCUACCUUUGAACAACCAGGGCCAGAUACAUUAGCACAUAUUAACAAAUUCAAAACAGUCUUAUCUAUUUUUAUCUUGUUCACAGGAAAAUAGCUUAGAGGUUCCAUCUGGAAUUACAGAACUUGUUAGUGCGCCACUGGUGACUAAAGAUGAGGUUUGUUAUGUGAAAGUUUGUGGGUCUGUUCUUUUUCUUUUUUUUCUUUUUUCUUUUGUAACAUGUAUGAUUUAACCAGAAGAAUGUUUUUCUUCCUGUAACAUGUAUCACUAGCCAGCAGAAUAUAAUAGAAUUACAUCUGUCAGUAAUGUUAUUAGGCUGAAAAAAAAUUUUGUGGCCAUUGUCAAAGACAUUUCAAUCUUUAUGUUAGGACUGAUAAUGCCUGCACUUUUUUAUAGCUUGUACUGCUUAAAAAUUUGUGGUUUUAAAACACAAUAAUUCAAAGACCCUUGCCACAGGCUCAGAUUAUUAUUGGUAUAUUGCAAGGCAAAAAGAGGCAAUUGAUUGCAUGUCUCUUACUAAAUAAUUAAAAGUUACUUAGUAAGCAUUUAAUACACUGUACAAUGCUCAUAUUAUCAUGACAGGAGGCUGAUGAUUCAAGGAAGUCCACCAAUGAUACACCAAAGGUAUGAAAUACUAUUUUUUAUUGUGUUUUGUGUGUAGUGUUAAGAACUUUUUUGACAGGAGUUGUUUCCAGUCCAAGCUCCCUCCACAAUCUCUUCCUAGUUACCAGUCUUUGUCCUAUUUUCUUUUCUCUUUUCUCUUCAAAGUUUUGAAAUUCAGCUUAUGAUGAUGUUACACAAAAUAUUACAAAUCUAUUUUCCUUCUUGUCCUUCCGUGGAAAAAUGUAAUGGUGUUGUGGUUAUCUGAGUGUUUUCUUGAUUUUAUAAUCCAUGUUUGAAACCUGUCCUUGUCAUUGUGUUGUGUUCUCAGGCAGGUCACUUUCCUCUCACAGUGCCUCUCCCUCCCAAAAAAGCAAAAAUUUUAUAGUUGGUCAUAAAUCAAGAGAUGCAGUGGCCCAGUAAGUGCACUGAACUCAGGGCUGGGAGGUCUAAGUUCCAGACCUGGCCGGGUCACUGUGUUGUUUUCUUAAACAAAACACUUAGGGGUAGGAGUGAUACUCCCAAUCGCUUCAUGUAGCAGAAACUGGGAUAAGCUGUGGCUGGGUAGGCCACUUCACUCAAUUACAGACAUGACAUACCUACCAUAAAUUAUCAGAAACUCUGGUUACUUUUAAGGAAGGUCCAGGGGGGGCAAGGAGGUUGGGAUGAACAAGCACUUCAGGGAGGCCUUCCUAAUUCCUCCUGGUCACUUUAAGUAAGAGAAUCCAAUCCAACAGCUAUGAAAGUCAGUCUUGAUUUAAAGACUAAAUCUUAAAAUACCUUUGAUUACCUGUGUCCAGACAAUAACGUCAUUUUGUUCUCUGUGGCAGGCUUCAGACUCUGGUUAUAAACCUAGAGACUUAUUUAAUGCUGGAAGAGACAGGGCUCACUCUGUCGCAUCAGAGAGCCCAACAAAAGAACGAUGCACAAUGAGACAGAAGUCAAAAUCUUUAGCUCUCAAGGUACUGUGUUAUCCAUGACAACUUAGUUUCAUGGCCUACAAUCCAUGACAGAAUUAUUGUACACAUUAUGUUUGUGUAACCACUUUCAAGGAGUGGAGGGCCUGGCUGUCAGAAUACUCCCUUUUCCCCAUUUAGUGUUGUUCAAACAGAGGGAAAAGGCAACGUUGUACAGGGAGAUACAAUAAAGAUUGAAAGAAAGGGGAUUUUUUUUGUGCAUCAUGAAGAAUUGCAGUUUAGCAGUUGAAAUGUUUUAAUCUGUAAUAAAUAUUGAAAGUGACUUUAACUGCAUGGUUUAUGGUGAGAUUAAUGAUUGAAACAUUCAUUAAACAAAUGAUUUGCUCAUAAAUUCAUAUGUUUUACCUUUUUUCCAUAAUUAUCUAUCAGAGACCAAACCAUCCAAGAGACCCAAGUCCUAAUCUCAAGAAAAGGCUAAGGUGUGUAUGAUUAACUGCUGAUGAUUGGAUCUGUUAUUCUUACUUAAGUAAAUUGUACUCCUUCAUGCAUUAUACUCCUCUGUAUAAAAUUUAAGUUUCAUUGAUUUUUUUAUUUAAGUUUCAUUGAUAUCAAAGUAGAAGGCAAAUAGGAAAAAGUGGGCAAUUGGGUUUAUUUGCAUUUUUCCAGCCAGAUUACACAAGGCUAGGAAGUAUUUGCUUAAAAUUUCCCAGGCAUUUGAUGGAGGUUGCAUGAACCUUUGAGAAAAUUCUGAAUGAAAAAUUCAUUCACACAAGGUCAUCUAAACAUGUUAUAAGUAGAUUCCACCCAAAAUUGGAAAAUGACUGCUGUGCAAUUUUUUUUAUGGUAUUUCAAAUAAUUGUAUGAUUUUUCAUCAGUAGCUAUGGUAAAGUAAAGUGAAGUGAAAGCAGGGGAUUAAAGAUAGCAGACCAGCUGUCAUUUUUGGCUUGCUACCUGCUUUUUUUUGACAGCUCUGCGCACUCAAUUAUGUACUUAUUCUUGCUUUGUUUCUGUUCAUAAGGCAAAGGUGUAUGUCUGUCAUUGAAGGGGGUGUCCAUCCAUCGCGACUUGAUAUGGUGAGUGAACUGGUAUAUGUAUUGAUGUUUAUAAGUAAGGCUUUCUUUGUUCAUGUGUGGAGGCACGGUGGUCUCAUGGUUAGUGCACUCAACUCCGGAUCGAGUGGUCCAGGUUCGAGCCCUGGCUGGGGUCAUUGUGUUGUGUUCUUAGGCAAGACACUUUACUCUCACAGUGCUUCUCUUCCCCCAGGUGUACAAAUGGGUACCAGCAAAUAUGCUGGGGGUAACCCUGUGAUGGACUAGCAUCCCAUCCAGAGGGGAGUAGCAAUACUCCUAGCCACUUCAUGCUAAUGAAACCGGAGUCAAGCACUGGCCCCAUGGGCCAACUGGGCCUGUAUAAAGGCUUUGCUUUUUUUUUUCCUUUGUUCAAAGGCUGGAUAAUGGUAUUCACCUGAAUAUAUUUUUACUGAGUGGUUAAGUGUAAACAGGACAUACUACAUGUAUGACAUCCAGUUUGUAACGGAGUAAUUUAUCCAAUAGAUAGCAAUUGUUAUCGUUGAAGAUCUGGGCUAUGGUGCUCAAUGUACGUUUUGAUUGGUCAAAGAUACUUAAGGUGUGAUGUCUGCCCACAUGACUUGCUUGUAACGUUAUUUGAAAGCUUUGAUGGGGCAAAAAAGUUUCUUUUUUAUUGCUUCACAAUGGUGUGAUGUUUUUGAAGAAUAAAUUAAUUAGGUAAAUUAAGAUGCUCUCACUUUAAUAUCUCCCUCUGUAACCAUUAUUCCAAACAGUUAUUUACCUUACUUAGUUUUUAAAAUAUUGUUGACUACUCUGCUAUGCCUUUAUGUCAGUGAUUUUCCUACAAUAUUAACUGAUUUCAAAUAUGUCCGAUGUGCCUUUCAUGUGACCAAAUUUCAAAACACAAAACACAGGGCGUGAAAUUGCGCCUAAUACAGGCGCUAAUGCGACUAAAUUUUUCACUUUGGCGACCAAAUCCUGAAAAUCAGUCGCCAAAUUGACGACUGGAACGCUUCAUCAUAACCUUACCUAGAGAUAUAAUGAAUUAAAAAGGUUUGCAAAGAUAAAUCCGCAGCAAACUUCUUCUUUAAGUUUAUGUCCAAAACGUAGCACACGCAUCUCGAUCGAUAACUAGACGCCAUCUUGGGUUUAGGUGAGCUUGAAAGUUGUAUAUCAUCCAUCCUAGUGUCCACUUCGUAGACGUCAAAGAUCUUUUUCCUAACUUAAUUUUGGAGGGUUUAUCUAGAACGCUGACAGCGUAAAAAAAAAAAGGUUUUUUUUGUCUUUAAAAAUAGCGACGAACGUUUUUUGAACUGGCUACCACUCUGAAAAAUUUAUGAGCCAAGUGGCUCUCAGAAAAAAAAGAUUAAUUUGACGCCUUUAAACAACAACAGCAAAUGUUUACAAAUCUUUGUCCUGCAGUGUGCGACAAGUAUGCAUUCCAAGUAUUUUUUUGUGAGUUCUUAGAUUUAUGUCUAAUGACCAUUUUCAAUGUAUUUUUAUAACUAACAUCAAUUCAGAUCACACCAAGUGAAGGUCAAACCUGCCAAAUGCGGCGCUCGCAGUCUGCAACAUUUGAGCAUGACCUGGGAAACAUGCUGGAUGCAUCAAGUAAGUUCUAAUAUCAUUAUGGGUAGUCAUUGUGGAAAACCCAUUGAACAAACCAAAAAAAAAGUCAUGUUUCUUGCUGAACCCUGGCUUGAGACUGAUUGCAAAAUUGCAACAGGUUUGGGCGCACAUCUUCACAGGAGACUCAGUUUUUUUUCCUUUGUCUCGUGUACAGCAUUCAUCUCACUUUUUUCUUUAAGUUUCGUCAGUCUGUGAAGUAUUUCAACAUAUAACAAGAGGCUUCAUGUCGCAAAGAUUUCACUUUUGUCUGAAAAUCUCCCACAUCGCAUCUUGCUUCCGUAUAGGCAAGCACACAUGAACUUAAACAGCUGUAAAAUUGUCAUUAUCAAGGCUCCUCUGUAACAUUUGAAAAUACUUUUGAUCUUCCUAUAAUACGAGCAAGAUUAUUUUAAGCUAACGAGGUUAUCUGUUUGUUCUUUGCCUUCCUGUAGCUAACAAAGACUUAGUUGCAGAUUUUAGUGGGGUAAGUCUAGAGAUUUUCAUUCUUUAUUUUUUUAGUCCAAAAUUUGUAGCACUGAUCUGCUAAGAUAAUAUAUUUGUGAAACCUUUGUAUCUUUUCUAUUGUGAUUCCUCAAUAAGCUUGUUUUGUUUUCUAUUUUUGUUUUUAUUACAGCCAUACACUUUACCGUUGAUACCAGGACAACAUGAAGACUUGAAAUGUUUGUCUCCAGAAACGGUAAUUUGAAUUUCUGCAAUACACCAGGCAGACGUGUAAGCUUCCUCUCUCAGAAACACAGCGUGUCAGGCUGCGUUUCUGAAAAGUAGAUCAAUUCUAGCCUGCCGUGUGCCAAUUUUCCGCUCAAAAUUACAGGGAGAAAAUAAGAAACAAUCACCGUUACGCAAAAUAUACUAAAAAUAAAAAUUGAAACAUUCAUGAAAAAUCGGUGAAAGGAAGCAAAAAUGGGGAAGAGAAAACUCAAGACUUAUUGAAAACAAAGUAUAAUUAAUUACAGGUAUUCUUUUGAUCUACCAUUUUGUUUUGAAAUUAAUCCAAAAAAGUUUUAAACACUGUCACUUGCUGUCUUGUGUGUGUUAUAAAACUCUUGUAACGCGAUAUUUUUCUGAGAUUCCGAAAGCACGCUAUCUCCCCGGAGAUUUUUCUCAGAUAACAUAGUUGUCAAAAGGCAACACUCUCGACCAAGCGUGUUGGUUUCACAACACUCAGACGUAAUUCGUUUUAACACCAUCCGUGCCUUUCGUUCAGGUUGCACGUGUCUUAGAUAAUGAAUUUCCUGAAGUGGAGGCUCACAUCAUUGAUUGUCGUUACCCUUACGAGUACAAUGGAGGUCACAUUAAGGUAAGUACCACGGAAGGAAAGGCACAAAAUACGGCAUUUGUAUGGAGUUUUUAACUGUUCUUGAUAUAAAUAAGGAAAUCAGUUGCAAAUGAAGUGAAAUACUUAAGAAAAUGCGGUAAGAAGUACUAUUCAGUACUCGUAAGAUAUACUUUUUUGUCGCUAAAUUUCUCGUAAUUCACCUCAGUCAAUACAAUGAUGGUGCAGUCGAAGAAUUCUUACCUUGGAAGCCGUCUCCUCGACAACUGCUACUUUGUUCACGCCUUGUAAUGUUAUACACAUUCUCUAGUCUGAAAAAUUAAAUACAUAGGGAAAUACGUUAGGAAAAAGUCUUUUAUAUACAAAAAAUCGAGUAGGAACCCUUAGGCGCACUACGAAAUUUUCGUCCUCUGUAUAGUGCCUUGGUUUUGCGUCCUUAAGGUAAUAUCUAAGGCUCUGUAAGAUGGUGUCGCUCCCAGAUUCCUCUUCUUAGAGCAUUCUCGUAAUUCUAUUUCGUACAGAACGCAUGUCACGAAACACUUCUCAUCUUCACGCGAGUUGACGAGAGCGUAAAUAAUCGUUAGCGGCAUGUUUCUGUUGUAUCUAUGCUACAUAUUUCACCUUUUUGUUUCACAGGGUGCGAAAAAUAUUUACAGCAAGGAGGAUAUUUACAGCGAAUUCAUCGAAAAGCCGAAGAGAAGUUUAACGGGAAAGAAAACAGUUUUGAUAUUUCACUGUGAAUUCUCGUCCAAGAGAGGACCAGACAUGUGAGUACUGUUUCAGUUGCGUUUGUUUUAAGUGGCAAGCUUUACUUCAGUGAUUUAUAAUGCUGGUGUUGAAGGUUCAAUCACAUGGUGAUCUUGCUAAUGAGCUGUUUGUGUCGUCUUCCCGCGCUUUUGAAAGCGCGGGAAAGUGACCAAGUCGCGAUUGGUUAAGUUGAUCAUUUUCCUUACUCCUUUGGAAAUUCAGUAUUUUUAACUUAACAAAACAUUUACCGUUUUUCUUUUCCAGGUCUCGUUACUUACGGAAUAGGGACCGUGAUCUUCAUUACCAUGUCUAUCCAAAGUUGUUUUACCCUGAGUUGUACCUCAUAGAAGGCGGCUACAAAGCAUUCUUCGCGAAGUGCAAGGUUAGUGACAUUUUGUUGAUGUCUCGUUGGAUUGGUUUGAUUGCUAACGCGUUAAAAUGGUGCGGAUUGAGGUCUGUGUUUACGGCUCGGUAGAAUUCAUCGUGUAUGACUCGUUAUGAAAUCAUUUGCAAUCAAGUGUCGACAUUGUCAGUAAGAAUGCUACAGAAAAGGAGUAACGUGUUGUGGUUCGUUUUACUUGCGAGGACUCUUAUCGAGAAUACGAGAGUACCGACGCAGCAAAACUGACUGUUAAGUGAGGUGUGGCUUGAAUUUUUUUCGUCAGCCUUCCGUUUCUCCCGCACCGUUUCACUAAAGGAGAGUCGUAUAUCUCAAGGCGUUGUUGCUCUUUCUUUUCCAGGAAUAUUGUGAACCUCAGUUCUACCUGCCAAUGUUAGAUGAGAACCACGCGCAAGACCUGAAGCUGUUCACUAAAAGAUCCAAAUCAGAGGGAAACAUCCUCUCAAAAGGGUUUCGACCGGGACUAGGAUAUAAACGAUAAAUUGCUCGGAUCUUCUUCUUUGCGGUGUGACUCUCUUUAUCAAUCUGUUAUCAAUUCUACGCAGAGCCUUCUCGCCGCUAAAUUGAUUUUGCAAUUCAGAUAACGUCUUUCCUUAGGUUUUUAGUGUGUUUUUUCAGGCCGUUAAUUUAUUUAUCAUCCUGGCCCGUGUUGUUCGAAGGUUGGAUAACCCUAUCCACUGGAUAAAUUUCUGCCUAGUGGAUAGUGCAGCAUAUUUUGUAAACACGUCCGCUGGAUGGCGGUUUAUCCUGUGGAUAGCAUUAUCCACCCUUUAAACAAGUAGGCCAGAGCAAUUCUAGUUUUCAAACUUUCAACUGGAAAUCUUGUCAUUCUCUUCAAGAAAAUAGCUUCAUACAUCUUUUUUUCUGUUUGAAUCGUUUGUUAGUGAGCUACAAAACAUUGCCUAAUCACAAAAUGUAGAUUAAUUUUACGAAUGUUUUUAAUGACAAUUAAAUUGAUAAUUAUACUCUACAUAGACUUAGUAAUAAUCCAAGAGCUCUUUUGAGUGAAAAUUUAAGAAUUUCGCAGUCUCAACAGCUGGCUGUAAAUUAAAACAGACGAAGCGUACUCAACGUGCAACUUGCUAUUUUAAGUUUGGGAUUUUCUGGGGCGAUAGAUUCUCCUUCGACUUACUUCAAGUAGUUAUGACGGACUUUUUUUCAGCUGAAAAAAAUUCUCAGUUGUACAGUCUGGUGACUUCAUGAUUAUUUUUCUCAAUUAUUUUCGUAUUUCUAGUAUUACACAUUUCAUAAGCUUUCUUUUCUGUUCUUUGUUGCAUGCUAAAUUCUUUCCUAAGCGCCAUUGUAUUAUAAUAUUAAUUGUGUAGAACUUGUAAAUAUCUUCUCUUGCUAGACACCAAAAUAAAGUAUUUACCUUAAAUUAUAUAGUAGGGAGGUGGAAUUUUCUGGGCCGCCUGUCGCAAAACUCACCCUCAAAGGUCAAGCUUUCCCUGAGCCGAAUCAAAUCCAAAGAUGCAGAAUGAGUUUUAUUCUCAGAUUGGCUAGAGGAAAAGUUUUAGCGUCUGAUAACGACCUCAAAUUAUUACCUUGAAAUUUAUAAAGAUAUACGUCAGUGUGAUAGGUAAAUCCCGAGAAUCAAAUCUGCGGAUGUGACCUGACACGCUGAUACAAUGGGAGCGCAAAGUACGAUGGAUAGAGAGAAAGCAAGAGAGAGCCUCAUUCUCUUUCUCCUUCCCGUCACCCUUUUCUCCCUCACUUUACCGCAGUACACCUUUAGGAGACCGGGGACGAGUCUGGAUCUGACCAGCCAAAGCAAUCGCCACUCUUUGAAAACUGAGUAGCCCUCGGGCGGAGGUUGAAAUGGUUACUUUAAGGAUGAAUUAACAGCUCCCCGGUGUUUUCAAAUGUCUCCACACACGAGACCAUCUAUCUUGAUUUUGUGAUAAUAUCGAUUUAAUGUAGACAAUAACUGGGCGGCGAAGAACACGAAAAAAAAUUGAUUCGUUUUUGUUUAUCCCAACGUAUUUAUAUGGUCUGAGAAUUCUAACUUUAAAUUUCUUUCACGUUAACCAAAACCUUCUCGCCCAAUUUUAGAAAAUAGUUCAAGGGUAAAUUUUUUUUUCCUUAUCUUAAAUCGGUCUAAUGGUUUGCGAUCGCAUGGUAGCAGAGUUUCUUAUGAUGCAGCUGACUGUUUUGAUUACUGUGUUCUUAGUGUUUUACAGGUACCAGAUACAGAGGAAAUUUCAAGGAAAAUAGAAGAGAACAAAACAUUGCCAACUGUGAAAAACAAAAUGUUCACAAAAGAUUCUUUAAGCGUUACCUGUUUUCAAAGGCUGUUUUGCCUUCUGUUUACGCUUUUAAGCCAUUCGUGCGCGGCUAAUUGACAAAUACAAAAUAAAUAAUUGAUUUCAAGAGGUAUUAGUGAAAAGUUGAGUGCUGUGUCUGCGAUGUUGAUCUUCGAGUAGUUAAAUGUAUCGGAUGUAACUUAUUUGCAAUCAUUUUUACAGGAUGAAGAGCGUUUUUCUAAGGUUGUUGCGGUGAGUAUCAUAACUCGAAACCCGUAGACUGCAUAAGGCAUGCAGGCCAUAGAUAAAAAAAAAAGCUGGAUUGUUUUAUUUGUGCAACUUUUAGUAAUACAUAAGUCUGUCUUCAGUGUAACCUGUAACUCGUAAGGGCCGUUUAACCCAACUCCCGCUAAACUCGCAUUCAUAUAGUAUAUGUGUUAGCUUUUACACCGCGGCGCAUACAAGCUUGGGUAUUUCAACUUCUAGCUUAUCGAAUAUAAACCAUUAUCAGCUAAUGACACGAAAAUGUGUGAAUCCUACGGUGAAUAAGAGAAGUUUAAAAUCAUGUUUUAUUGAUCAUCAUUGCGCGUUUUUCUUGUGAAACCGUGAUAGCAACGAUUACUGAGUCCCGAAGCGCGACUUACGUUGAUCCUGCCCGGGUUAAUGAAAAAAGUUAAAUCAUUUACGCAGUUGUUUAUAAUUAUGUAGGGGCAAAUUUAUGUGUUAUAACGCACGUAAUGUGACAUGCUAGUUUUCGAGAAAUUCCCACUUGUUGACAAUUUCUAGUUAGAAUCCCAGAUGGAUCGAAGCCAUUUUGACAAUCCAAAGUCCCAUGAAGUCUGCUAACAGCGCUCUAAGGAUAUUUUUACAAAUGCAAAAAUUAAUUUAGCCUGUAGACUGAAACACCUAUCAGAAUGUAGUAUUUAUCAUAAUUUGUUUGAUAAUUUUUUAUUUUUUAUUUUUAUCAUUUCAGCUUUGUUUUAGUUCUUCUAGGCUCGCAUCACGUGUAUGGAAAGAAAGAAAGGAAGAGAUCAAACUGGGUAGCGCCCAGACCCCACAUCAUCAUGAUCGUCGCUGAUGAUCUGGUAAGGAGGUCCUAGGUUUCUUAUGUUGACGCAAUUUUAUCGAACUUCAAGGCGUAUAAAACCUCAAAGCUAAGCCGGAAGGUUGCAUAGUGAUAUAUUGUUUUUACUGGAGUAAAAGUUACACCUGUUGUUUUUUCGUUGAUUCGUUUCGCAGUAGGGCUGAUUCUCCACAAAAGUAUGGCAACUCAUGCAGUUCAAAUAAAAAUUUUUCAACCAUUUUCACUCCAACUGAAGAUCUCGAAAAGAUAUUUGCUUGCGUCAAGACAUGUCUCUUUAUUAGUUGGAUUAAUUACACAGCGACACAAUUUAUUUUGUCCGCCUUCAAUGCGAUCAACCAUAGAGAAAGCGUGAAACUGUUUUGAACCGAUUUCUCUUUACAGGGCUGGGAUGACGUCAGUUUUCACGGAUCGCCCCAGAUCCCUACUCCACACAUCGACAAACUGGCCAACGGUGGAGUGAUCCUUAACAGUUAUUAUGUAUCACCGAUUUGUACUCCUACCCGGGCCUCUCUGAUGACUGGAAAACACCCGAUCAAUUUAGGUACCAUUAGAUAAUUUUUACUUAAGCUCCUUUUUUUCAUUUUUUCGCUUUUUUCGAAUUUCUCGGUACCGACGGAAGUAGGGAUAUUCCCAGGGGGCAAUAAGAGCUUUAUGCCUUUUUUCGAUGGCUGUGUUGCGGCCACAAGAGGAACAAUGAUAAUAAGUUUUAAAUUCCUAAGUCCUUAUGACAGUCGUGGUUAUGUUUCGACUCGGGAUAAAAUCAGAUAUCUUGAAACUUUGUCACGCAACAUAGCUUCACGGUAUGGUCAAUUUCUUAUACUUGCGUAAAUGCACCACCGCUCGAGGGUUCAAGAGCUUUUUUUUUCGAUCAAACCUCUCGCGUAUGCUUUGCCUCGUCGAUGAAACCUAAAAAAACUUGACUGAGACGAGACAGUUAAUAAAUGACUGCUAAUUCCCGCGGGCUCCCCACAGGCGAUAUGAUUGUGCACAUUCACUCCUGGUUUUGGGUGAUGUGACUAUUCUUUCAGAUGGUUUAUUUUAAAGGUAAAUGCCGGAAUGUAAAAAUGCAUUACACAUAGGUUCGGAAAGCAAUUUACUAGCGUGUAUCCUGUCACAGGCGUUCAGUUGGGAAAACGGAGUGAAAUGGCAAACGGCGGCAUUGUUGCGGCAGAGCGAAACCCAGGGAGGUUUGAGUCUAGUCGUUGUUUUCAUUCUCCGGCCAUUAUCGCGCCAACAGGCUUCUAGCAUGUCUCUAAAGGGAAAAACAGAGGAAAUUAAGUUUACGUCGUGUCUCUCCAUCUGAAGCCAUUAAGUAAUCAUACCUUAGGAAAUGAAACGUUCUUGACGUUGAAUAUCUACAACCGUUCUCACGCGUGUUUUCACAUUGCCUCAGGAAUUCAGCAUGCUACCAUAUUUGGCACGCAACCGUACGGUCUUCCGUUAGGUGUGGCUACCACCCCUCAGUACCUUAAAGCACUUGGGUACAGGACACAUGGCGUGGGCAAGGUAGGUUUCCAAUAAUGGGUUACACCUUAUUAUAGUGGGAGUGGAAGUAAAUCACUCGUUCUGCUCGGGAAUCGUUCCUUUCAUACAGCCACCUGUAAACUCUGUAAUGACCUUCCGAGUACUAACAGAAACUAAAAGAAUAUAAACUAUUAAUAAUCUCAUGCAGAAAUACGAUGUCUGCAAAUAGUUCAAGAAAGCUAUCAAGAGCUAUUCAUUCGCAAAAGCUCUUUAAUUUUACAUCUCAUAUAUUUAUUUAUUUUAUUUUUCUACAUUUCUUAGCUAAUAAAUUUACAUUUUCAGCUUCAAUUCUUAGAUAUAGGUAUAGGUCUCACGGCCAAUCAAAUUGUACGCUUUUUUAUCAUCGACGGCAUCCUAUAGGUUUACCAGCUAAAGCUCUCUACGUCGUGGCUUAUUCCGAUUUGUUUUGCAAACGCAUUUGUUAUCGUUUCAUCGUAUUAUUGAGGUUUUUUUUUUCAGUGGCAUUUGGGAUUCUUCGAAAAGGAAUACACUCCACCUUACCGCGGCUUUGAGACCUACUAUGGAUUUUGGAAUGGAAAGGAAGACUACUGGGACCACUCCUCACAGGAAGACGUAUGGGGGACAGAUCUCAGAGAUAACAUGAAGGUGAAAUUUCACAAAGAGCCAAUUUGGUUGCAGGCACUCCACCUUUCCUUCAAAAAUAAAACAGUAACCAGAAUAUGAUACUAACUGGAAAAGAAUAUUCCUGAAUUGAGUGGAAGAAACCUCUCGGAGGACCAAGUUGCAAUAAAAUGUCGCAACUGAUUGGUUUAAAAAGUAGGGCAAAUUUUUACGCCCGAUCACGACGAGAAGGUAGACGAGGCGAAACCAACGCGAUUCCGGCUUACCAUCUGAACUUAUUUGAAACUACUUUGUACUCUCAGUUUGUCACCCUGAUUAAAAAACGAAACCCUCGCAUAAGAGAUUUGAGAAAACAGUUCUGAGUUGAUUGAUCAAUAGAGUUGAUUGAUCAAUAAAGGCUUGAAAGAGCUUAACUUUUGCCGGAAUACUGACUAACCUCGUUUCUUGGCAGCCUGUGAAGAACGAAACCAGCCAUUAUGGAACAGAAUUGUUUGCAGAAGUGGCUGAACGAAUCAUUGAUACUCACAACAAGUCUGAACCACUAUAUCUGUAUCUUGCUCAACAAGGAGUUCACUCAGCCAAUGGUAACGAGCCCCUGCAAGCGCCAGAAAGACUUGUUAAUGUAAGCAAAGAUACAUGGCUUUGUAUACUCCUUAUUACAUCACUGGUUCCUUUUUUGAGUGUUUGUCUGUUCGACCAGUUAUCUAUGUAGCGACUCACGUUUGUAAAAUCCUCAUGUCUCUUUAUCCGAACGAUUGUCACUCUUCUGGCUGUCUCCAGUCCAUCUUUCUUUCUGUCUGUCUCCGUCUGUCUGUCUGUCCGUCUGUUCGCCUGUUUAGUUGCAUGUGCGUCUGUGUAUCUGUCUGUUAUCUGUCGGUCCGUCCGUUAUCCGUCUGUGUUUCCGUCCAUCUUUCUGUCUGUCCGUAUGUCUGUCCGUAUGUCUGUCUGUUUGUCUGUCUAUAUGCAUGUGUGUCUGUCAAUCUGUCUAUCAGUUUGUUUGCCCACAUGUCUGUCUGUUCGUCUAUCUAUCUGCAUGUACGUCUGCCCCUCUGUAUAUCAUCAACCAGCUUGUCUAUCCGUCUGUCUAUCUUUCCCUUUGGCUGUCUGUCUGUCUAAUUCUACACUUGCCGCUUUAUCUAAGGAAAUCUCGAUGUCUUUGCACCUGCAUGUCUUUCCGUUCAUUAUCCCAAUUGAUAAGACGACACAAGUUUAAUGCAGCGGAAACUAAAUGUAUUUUCAGCUUGUUUCGUAUUUUAGUCUUAAACCAAUGUGGUUAGAAAUACAUUUUAUCCUGUUUCAUACUCUAUUCUUCAGAAAUUCCAGGAUAUUAUAGAGGACGACAGAAGGACGUAUGCUGGCAUGGUAGCUUCAUUGGACGAGUCCGUUGGAAACAUAACGAAAGCUCUUAAAAGGAAUGGAAUGUUUGAUAACUCUGUGAUCGUUUUCACGACCGACAAUGGAGGCGCUCCGAGAGGAUUCAAUUGGUAAAAAAUUCAUACCUGAUCAUCCUGUGAAGAAAAAAUAAACCAUACACCAUCGGGGGUAAAGAUAAAGAUAAAUACAUUAUUCAUGCGAUCGAUGAGAAAUCCCCCCCCCCCACCUUAAAAAAAGCGAGCGGAUUUCCCACUACGCAGCAAGGGUUAUGAUCAGCAUUCCUAUUUUCAACCGAGAGUAGGGGGGGGCAAGGAUAACUUCACCACCCCCAACCCCCUCCCCCCUCUCACUACGGGUCUAUCCCAAGUACUUUACUUUAAAAACUUCAUAGCGCAGUAAUAAGAACUUCACAAACGAUUUUACGAUAGUUGCGGCAACUUAGUCCAAUUUUUUUGGUUUGUUUUAGUAUAUCCUUAAUUACCCAAUCAGUUUCAUCUCUAUUCUCGUCAUUCCUCUCUCAGGAAUCAAGGCUGUAACUAUCCUCUCAAAGGAGGUAAAGACACAUUCUGGGAGGGAGGGGUCCGUGGAGUGGGAUUUGUACAUAGCAACCUGAUCAAAAACAGGGGCCGUGUCAGUUAUGACUUGAUUGACGUCACAGAUUGGUUACCAACCUUCUAUCAUCUGGCUGGAGGUGACGUCAACAAGAUAAAAGACAAGAUUGAUGGCGUAAAUGUGUGGGAUACAAUAGCGAAAGGAAAGAAAUCUCCAAGAAAAGAGGUAAAUAUCAAAAGUGUAACUGGCUUAAACAACAUAUUUUUUGCGCAAAUGCUUAAUUUCCCUAAAAUAACGGAGAGGCUGACAUGUACCUUGAUGUUGUUUUUUUUAGGUCCUCCACAACAUUGAUCCCAUCCGUAAGUUUGCAGCUAUUCGAGUAGGUGACUACAAACUGAUUAUUAACCAGGACGCUGUAUUCAACACAACCUGGCUUCCGCGUUACGAAGUCAAGGGAGGACUGGACUCUCUAUCCCAGCCCUCUACGUUGCCCGGUGCUGUUAUUAAGUGUGGUAAGCGGCCCAGGGGCAAAAAGGAUGCUUGUAACACCAAUGAAUUUCCCUGUUUGUUCAACGUUAGAAAGGGUGAGUAUUUUACAACUACUUGCCUUUAAAAGAGAUUGGGAAAACGACGUCUGGUUAGAUAAAUCGCCUUAGAUCGAGGCAAUUUCUAACUCCGCGCUCUCGAUGCAAACAAUAAGUCGUCAUGCCCAAAGGUUAGAAGCUUUCAAGUUGGGUUCAUGACAAGACCACGCUCCUUCUUUUGUGCGAGCGCUGUUGUUAACGUUUCGCAAUUCCAAAGCUAAAUAUCUUUGUUAACUAAGCGUUGCAAACUUAAAUGCAAUUUUGAGUUGCAAGGCUGGGACGUUCAAGAUACAAGUAUUGACGGAAUUGACAGAUUGAAAGAUUGGAGUAAAACAGCUGUUCAUACUUUUACCCUCACGAGUUCAGGCCACAAACCUGAAAAACAUGGCCGUGGCCGGGAUAUGACAAUCAUUUUGUAUUAUCUGUUUAUUUUCUAGGCUCAACCCGCAUAACUUUGUCACUUCUUCGGUGCCAAAUAUGUGGACGGCUUUCAGAUCGAAUGUACUAGCGCUUGCGCACGAAUGUAGUUGUAAAAAAUUACGAAUUAAGUGACUAUUGAUAGUCUACCAUAAACUGCCGCGAGUGAGAAAGUACAAGUUUCCGUCACAAACCUCUCGCGGCUUUGCCACACGUUAACAUGGCUUUGCGGUCGACGAUUGGACAUAACCGCUAGUUACGUAGUUGAAGGAUAUCAAUCCGUAAUGUUUCACUUGUGUUUGUUAGAUAGAUCACUUUUUCCUAUCUAUUGUUUCAGAUCCCUGCGAGUAUAGAAAUCUUGCUCACAUUCACCUUCCAAAAGUUAGGAGGCUCCUUCGUAGACUCAUUCAUUACCAGAAAAAUGCCCUUCCCGUGUGGUUCCCUGAGAGGGACCCUACCGCCAGCCCUGCAGAUCACGGAGGUUACUGGGGCCCAUGGAAAUCCUCAAAAGGUAACAAGGUUAUCUUACAAAGGGUUCUCGACUCCAUCCCGUCUGCGGUGAGUGCGAAGAGGCACUCAUCUCAAAUAAACAGCACUGUCACUACGACGAGGAUUGGAAAGGUGUUCAGCACACACGAAGAACACGACAAAGGAGUCUAUCAGAUGUUGAAGUCAAUUUUAAAAAUUACAAAUGCAGGAAAGAAGGUUCAGAUUCCUCGUAAUGGCCAUUUGAUGAAGGAGUCGUUAGCUUUGUUGUAUGCGAAGAUGAAACAGAAAACGCAAGAGGACGACUUGAUGCACAAAUUGCAAAUGAUAAAGAAAGCAUUAAUAGCCGAGGAUGGUGUUGUUAAGUCAAACAAAGGAGGGAAGGAGACUUUAGCCGCUAAAUUAAGCCAUAUUGACACGUCCUCAGUUAUUAGGAAAUUAGAAGAAAUCGCGAAUAAACCUCGCAAGGUGGAGAAACAAGGAACACGAAGAACAGAAAUAGGAAACAUUGCAAUUAGAGAUGACGAAAUUUUAAAAAGUGAACUUGAGAACUCCUCAGCUGACGAUAGUGAUUCGAUAGACGACGAUCAAUAUCCAGAAGGGAUGUCCUCUUUGAAGGCAACAUCAAACGCUGAACAAAAUAAUGUCGAUGAAGAUGAUUUAAUGAAUAGCAGUGCAGACAUUGACACUACUGACCCAGCAGAUGAUGUAAGUGAUUCGGUGGAGGACUCUUCAAACGAAUACCCUGCCAAUGAAGGUCAAAUAUCCGCAACAGGAUCUGAAAUGGAAUUUUUGGAAAGCAAUCGCACCGCUGAUGAAUAG